UUUUGUCUGACGUCAUCAUCGAAGGGAAAUUUUCGGAGAUUUUCCAGAAAUAUUUUUAUUUAAGUAAUUUUACUUUUGUAAAUGUGAGUUGGCAACAAUCCUAAAAAAAUAUUUGACGUAACCUAGGCUGAUUAAUUUACAAAAUUUUAAUAUUUUGAUUUACGAUGAAACUUUAUUGACUGACACGUUGACAUAUUGGUUAUGCUCUUAGUAUAUUAUUUAUGAGAUUAUGCGGAAAUAUCUUAUGAUUUGGUGAUUCCUAAAUUAUUGCCUCUGACUUUCUAGAUAAAAGUUUUAUUUUAUAUCGAAAUGGAUAUAUUAUAUCACAGAACUCAUGCCCUUAUGGAAGAAGUCCACCGGCAUUUCGGCCGUCUUCAACGCUGUCCUCAAGAUGAGUGUCACUUAAUUGAACAAGAGAUACAAUCCCUUUUAGCCACUAUCAAUGAUAAUUGUUCUAAAUUAGAUAUAUUAGUCAAUAAAGAGCUGCCACAUCGGCGGGUGUCAGCCAGGGUUCAGGCUGAUCAAUUGAAAUAUGAUUGUCGCCAUUAUCAAACCUCCUUACAGAAUGCCAUUCACAGACGAAUGGUACAGGAACAGGAAGCUCGUGAAAGAGAAGAACUUCUUACUAAAAAGUUCUCUACGAAUGAAGAGAAUACGGCUAUAAUGAUAGAUCAUUCCUUGCAGCAUAACUCAAGUUUGCAGAAUGCUCAUAGAGGAAUGGAUGAGCUAUUAGGAUCUGGUUCCAGUGUUUUGCAGAACUUGCGCGAGCAAAAGGUGUCUUUAAAAGGUGCUCACAAGAAAAUUUUAGACAUAGCAAAUACGUUAGGUAUGUCUAACACAGUUAUGAGGCUGAUAGAGAAGCGCGCCUAUCAAGAUAAAUAUGUUUUGUUUGGUGGAAUGUUUGUGACGUGUGUCAUCAUGUUUUUAGUCGUUAAAUACUUGACUUGACAAUAUUUUAUAUGCUCUUAAUUCUGUUAAAAGGACUAAGUGUUUAUGUGUAUAUUUUGAUCACAUUCUCAAAAACUUGCUAAGCUUUCUUAAAAGUUCUCUAUGAAUGAAGAGAAGUACCAAUAGUGAAAAAUAUUCUGUUGCAUAAUUUUUUUGCACGUAUAUGUAUUUUAUUUAGUUCUUAUAAAAUUAAUUUUAAUAAAGUGAUAUUUAUUCAUUGA